AUGUCGCACCACACGCGCGUAACCCACACCCCGGUUACCAACAUUAAUGUACCAGGAGGCCAAAAGCUCACUCGACAGGCCGACAACCAUUUUCAUUGCCAUUUGUGCAAUUUCGUGAACAACGAUCCCUUGAAACUUCGCACCCACUAUUCACGUGGGCACCCGGAAUCCUCUGAAGGCGAUGGGAGUGCCCGGGAUAUCGGUGCGGAUCAAGAUGUCUCGCCUGACCUUGACGAGAGUGAGAAUUACAACAGGGGCACGCCUCCCAUAUCCUCCCCCCCGAUUCAACUUCGCAGUAGCGCCGGUCCUUCGAAGAAGCGCAAGAGGAAACGCAAAGCAGCACCUACCGAUGAAGCGGCUGAUCUACUCAAUGCGACAGGGGAAGGCUCUGCCCCUCAUCCUACCGCUGUUCAGAAUGAUGCACCCCCUGCUUUUGAUUCAUCGUCUGGCCCUGUCGACCUCACCCUCCUCCAUAAAAUCAGUUUCACCGUUGAUCCCGUCUAUAAACUCGCAAUUUGCAUUGACUGCGAAUGUGCUGUCCCAGCGGCACACGUCCGGGCUCAUGCUGUCAAACAGCACAGCCUUAGACCUCCUCCAUCAGAACAGUUGGACGCCAUUUUACACUUUUUACGGGUAUUUCAUGUGAGGUACAGGGGUGUAAUUACCUUGCCUGCCAAGGACAAGACGAUGCAGGAGCAUUUUCAGUUCAAUCAUCCUGACAAGCAAUGGCGCCCAAACACUGCGGAGCGCAACUUACAGAGGAUAUUCGAAUUUCGAGGCCGUCAAAGUCUAGUCAUGGUCGAUAUCAGCCUCAUCCCGUCAUCCACUACCAACUACGACAACUAUAUGACAAAUGUCACCAAGCAUCGCCCCGCAGUUGACAGCGACAUCUACCACGUCGACAGCGACACCAGAUCCCACGGCACGUUCCUAGCCAAAAUGAGAUGGAACCAGGCGAUCGAGGGCCUUCCCCUUCCAGAGCUCCUGAAGGCAGCCUCAGCGCCGGGAGAGCAGGAGCCCCUACUUCCAGAUCCUGCAUACAGCCCUCCCAGCAGCUUUCCUUUCCAACUCCUCCUCACCGAAGCGCAGACUGAUUCCCUGCAGGAACUCCUGUCGUUGCUCAAAGGACUUACUAGAGGUCGUGUAUCAGAUCUCAUCCAACGGGUGUCCUUCCUGUUUGUGGCAACCGCCAAUGAUCACAUUACGCAGGAUAGAUUUUCUUGUUCGUUGAUUCGCUACCUGAUUGUAUCGCACUUACUGCUCGACGGCACCUUCGAGCUUCCUUCCAACAUCGUCCCCAAUUUGUCCUGCAUACAGUUCUGCAUGCGAGCUGUGGGCGUUCAGGAGGCCUAUAACCAUGCUUUGGAUGCUGAUGAAGCUGCAGAAGGCUUGCUGAGUUAUUAUCAAACAAACUUGAAGGAGGUGUUGACCGAAGGGCAUCGUUACCCAUUUACUACACUGCGCGAGGAAAUGCAUCUCCUCUCAGCCAUGGCUCAUUCGGAGACGAGACUUCCAUCCUUGCUGUGGAACGAGGACCAUACGGUCCUACAAGUCGAUGGCUCACCAUUCAUCGUGGCAAGCCUUCGAGACAUGAUUCGCGCCCAGUUGGCUCGAGCCAACGAGCUGCUUGAGUCGUUAUGUGAAGGGCUUGAUAUGAAAGAUUACGACGCCUGCUUGAAGAAGCACUUGGAUCCCAAGAAUGCCACCCAUUGGCCCAGGGAUCCGCUGCGCAAGCAGACUGACGGUUACUCUUUCCUCUCCGAUACCGACAAUCCAUUCCGCGCCUUCCAGUCCGACCUUAUGAAGCAAAUCGUCGAGACCCCAGACAUCUUUGAGAAAUAUCACCAAGCGUCUAUUGCUCGCUGGUUUGCACAACUGGCAGAGCUGCACGACCUCACAUUUUGCUUGGUCCACAUCACUUCAGGGGGACCAGCAAGAGGUACCGAGCUUGAAACUUACCGGCUGAUAAACACCCGUGAAAGCCCCCGCACCUUAUACUUUGUGUCUGGCCACCUAGCGUUCAUCACAGGCUAUAACAAAUCUCGGCAGCUCUCCAACUUCCCCGAGAGAUUCGUCGCGCGCCCAGUCUAUCCUCCCAUUCAAAGACUGAUCAUGUACCUAGCUGGCCCUCUCCAUCAUAUUGCCGACAUUUGGAUCAGCACCCUCAAUAACAGCACCCAUUCGCUGGGACCUGAAGUCUUCGCUCACUUUGGCAAACCUCUACGGAGCGAAGACUUCUCCCGCAUCCUUCAUACGCAAACUGCGCAACAUCUGCUGGUGCCGAUGGGCCUGAGAGUAUGGCGCCAGAUGAUCAAGGCGCUCAUGCGGCAUGUAGUCAAUGUUGACAUCGACGAUGAUGGAGACCAGGAGGAGGAUGCUCUGGAUGAAAGCUUUGGACAUACCACCGGGACAGGACGCUCACGAUACGGUCUAACAUGGAAUGACUUACCUCACCUUCACGAGGAUAUGCUGAGCGAUAUCUUUCGGGUCUCAAAACGCUUUUGGGACUGGUUAGAACGUCCUGCCAGUGCCCCGAGCCCCCCACUUCAACCAGACAUGUCUUACUCUCAGAUUCAUGCAGAGAUGGCGGCCACCCUAUCAAAGCUUCAACUCGCAGCGACCCAGCAGACCAGCACUAUUGAAUUAAGCACCUCGAACCAAACCCUCAUUCUCGACAUGCUCCGCUCCACCAACCAGAAGAUUGACCGAAACCACCGAGCCGUGAUUGAGGGCCGUGGAAUUGUGUCCCAAUCAGCUGUACAAGACUUGGAGCCCAUCGAUAUCGCAUUUGCUCGCACCCAAGCCCUCCAGUCGUACAUGGGAGAGUCUGGCUCCAAAUUUAAGAGCGUUCAACAGGCCAGUGCAGUAGAGGUGAUCUCACGAGGUCUUCCCCACCUUCUAGUUGUUAUGCCCACAGGAUCUGGAAAGAGCGCCAUUUACGCAUGCCCUGGCUUUGCAGAGCGUCAGGGCUUCCGUGUCGUGAUCAUUACUUAUCGUUCAUUGUUGGAUCAAGCGGUCCAAGACGCACGCACUCGAGGCCUCGCUUACUCGGUUUACCCCUCUCGGGAGGUUGAUUUGUUUCAUUCUCGUCUCGUCUUCGUAUCCCUAGAGCAUGCUGCUCAACCUGAAUUCCGAACCUGGUGCGUGGCAAAUAAGAAGGCCGGCCUCCUACGGUGUAUUGUCAUAGAUGAAGUCCACGACGCCAUCCUCGCAUCCUAUUAUCGCCAUGCAUUCAAUCAGAUGUUCAAGCUCACAGAUCUUGGCGUGCAAAUGCUCCUUAUGACCGCUACGCUCAGCCCUUUGUCUGAGGAAACUCUACUGGAGUUCCUAAGAAUGGAUCCCAGUUCUGUGCGCAAGAUUCGCAUGCCCACCAAUCGCCCUGAAAUUCAAUACAGGGUGGCGAGAAGCUCCAAGGAGUCCAUCGACACCGACGUUCUUUCAGCUGCAUUGGGUUUCAACCUGGAGCAGCAUGAGCGGGGUAUCAUCUUCGUUUUAACGACGACCUGCUGUGACGAGCUUGCCGAGACCUCCGGCUUUCCAAAAUACCAUGGGAAGCUCACAGAUGCAGAGCGUACCCAGUACAUGUUGCAAUGGCGUUCAGGAAAGUCUCAGUGGAUUGUCGGGACAUUAGCCAUGGCUCAGGGUAUCGACAUCCGCCACGUCCGUGUUGUCAUCAAUCGCGAGAUCUCAUGGGGGAUGGUAGACUUUGUCACCCUCGAAACAUGUCGACGUCGCAAUCUUUCAUUGUUCUUGGACGGCAUUGAUCAGACCUGCACGUCUAUCCUCAACGCUCAGCUAUGUGACAUUUGUUUGUCACAUUCGCACAUCUUGAAAAAUGAGCAGGAGUUUUAUAGCAGUCCUUUGGGCCGACGCCUCAAAGCACCGCCUGCGGUUGAGCCCAUGACCCCUGCAGCGCCCAAGACAAAAUCGAUGGGCCUCCCCACCCCUAUCACCGCUCAUACCUCUGCUCACGAACGCCAUGCACUCCCAUCCUCACCCACGCCGUUCCGACAGAGAAUUGAUGAGGCAGCCCUCUUGUCUGACAAUGAACGGCACCCCCCCAGGCACCCAAUCAUCCGUAGCGAGAAAGCCCCUGCAGAGCAACCUGAUCGCCGCUCUGCGAUCCAAAGGCAGAAGGCCCCAGCAGACCAAAGCUCGGACGAGGAAUCUGAUCCCCGCCCCGCCCAGCGGACUCGGUUUGAACCAACGGGUUCAGCCUUGGCCCUCCCUCAAGGUAACAUUGCUGCUGGGGGAUCAACUUUCGCACCGCCGGCACGGCCCAGAGCGACAGCGCCAGCCUCUGUUAUCCCUCCCAGGGCUUCUGGAUCCUCCUCUGCCAGGGGAGACCAUGUUACUGCGUCAAACCUUGAUCCGAUCCCUUCAUCCCCAACACCUGCCCUUGGAGAUGGCCUUCCCACUGCGCGGGAAGGCAAAACUAAACACAUUCUUCAGUGGUGCGAACUGCACUAUCGAAAAUGCAGUGUUUGUCUCUUCUACUCCGAAGACGUGGAGCAUUUCGCGUACAAUUGUCCAAAGGGGACCCUCAGAACUCCCGAGUAUCGCACUGCGUACAAGGGAGCCUUACGUUUCAAAUCAUUUCGUGUCAUUUGUUUCGGCUGCCUCAUUCCGUAUGACGUUCAUAAAGACCAACCUACACCCAGGCUUAACAAUCCCUUCUCAUGCUUGUAUGACGACCACCUCAGACCGAUCGCCUACCUCAUCUACAUCAAUCAACCCAUUCGCAACAUUGUCUUUCCAACCCUCGGUUUACGCCCAAACCAGUUUAUUAACGUCCAGGCUUAUACAGCUUGGCUCUCGGUGGAGGAACCUCACGUCGAUGCCCUCCCCAACGUCUUGGAAAUCAUUAUAGCCUAUAUGAACCUUAAGAUUAUGGGCCGCCUCCCCAGUGUAACGUUAGGGGCUUGA